UGCUACCCUGGCACUGGGAGCAUUGCUCGGGCAUCCGAUUGUGAUGUAAUAGAGGCUUAUGUUGAGGAGGGGUAGCUUCUGGGGCCCCAGCAAUCAGGCACCCAGGAGAGAGAGGGGCAAGUUGGCCUUGGUGCCCCCGACCCCAGACCUAUACCAUCUGGGGAAACAGUAGCCCGAGGUUUAGGCACGUGGGGAGCAUCCCAGUCUGGCCGACAUGGCUGAAAUGCACACUCUGUAUUCUUCUCUGAAGAGACUGUUAUCUUUCUUCAAUGGCUUCAUAGUUAUGUCUAAUGUGAUCCUCAUUGCUGGGAUCGAUGUCAAAUUCAGAGGAGCUGUCCUGACAAGGGUCCUUGGGCCGUCCUCUGCAUACCUCGUUCAUGUUGGCUACCUGUGCCUGGCAAUAGGCUGCAUCACAGUGCUGCUCAGCUUCAGCUUCGCUGGGUGGUAUGGAGCAACCAGAGAAAGCAGAGGCACUCUCUUGUAUGAAACAGUAACAGUCACCGUGGCGGAGUGGGAGGACCUUUCUGGCUGGGAGAAAAAGGUUCAAGAAGUGGCCUUGGAGCACAUCUUCGUGACCCUAAGGAAGAAUUACAGAGGUUACAGUGACCCAGAUGACUAUUCCACAGAAUGGAGCUUAGCCAUGGAGAAGGUGAGAUCCACAUCCCGGAUGUGUUCUUUUGUGGCAAAAGACGCAUAACAUAAACUUAUCAUCUUAACCAUUUUUAAGAGUCCAGUUCAGUGGCAUUAAGUACAUUCAUAUUGUUAGGUGACCCUCAUCACCACCCAUCGCCUGAAACGCGCCAUCCUCCUACCUGUCCCUGUGGACGUCACUCCUCUAGGGAUUUCAUAUAAGUGGAAUCCUACAGUGUUUGUCCUUUUGUGAUUGGCUUAGUUCACUGAGCAUAAUGUCCUCCAGGUUGUAGCAUGGGUCAGAAUUUCCUUCCUUUUUAAGGCUGAAUCCUAUUCUAUUGUACAGAUACACCACACUUUAUUUAUCCAUUCCCCUAUUGAUGGACACUUCGAUUGCUUCCACCUUUCAUCUGUUGUGAAUGAUGAUGCAUAAACACGGUGUACGUAUCUCUUCAAGUCCCUGUGUUCAUUUCUUUUAGGUGUAUAUAUAGAAAUGAGAUUGCUGGAUCGUCUGAUAAUUCUAUGCUUAAUUUUUUUAAGAUUUUAUUUAUUUAUU